AUGCCAGGACCAUCCGUCUCCAUCACUCUCUUUGAGCCCGUCGCCUACCUACGAGGCCAGUCUGCAUCCGGCGAGGCACGAGGACGUCGUCAUACCAGCACGAUUCAUCAUGAGUCGGCGCCGAGCCAAUUGCGUGGACUCGUAACCGUCUACUUGCCCAAACCUACGCGCGUCAAGAGCGUCGAGCUGACGCUGUUUGGUGAAGGACGUACUGAUUGGCCAGAAGGCAUUGGCAACAAUCGCAUCGAGCUGGCCGAAGUCUCGCAAAUCAUCAAGCAGCAAGUCACCCUCUUCGACGCCCGCGCUAAUGACGCGCCACUGGCGCCGCCACUCCGCCGCGCACACAGCAUGGGCCCUGGUAUAGGCUUUGGAGACCAAGACGACCUUGACUGGAAUAUGGCCGACCACCAGCAUACAUCCUCAUCUGGCCCGAGCCGCAGCGACCGCGAGCGAGAGGCACGUGAAGCGGCUGCCAAGAUGGCAAAGAGCGUGGGCAAAGCGGCGGCCAAGGCUGGUUCAGCCAUUCUCCCACCUACGCUGCGAGAGAUGACUGGGAGCGGCAGGUCUGGUAGUAGCAGCAAAUCGAGGGAGAGGGAAGGCAAGAGGCAGAAGAGUUCUGACCGCAGGCAGCCAUCGGGGAGCAACAGCAUUCCGGCGACGCCUUCGGGGUCGAACACGCCGGCGCGCAACUCAAUGACGUUGCCACGAAGCGUCGGCGAUCGUGGCAGCCAACAGCAGCUGGCUCCCCACGACCCACCCCCAGACUACGAGCAGAUUGACACGCCUCCUGCGACAGCAUCCACGUCUCCCUCGGCUGGCUAUUUCAACCAAUCAGCCAAUGCAUCACCCACGCACAACAAUCUCGUCACUGCUGCAUUUACGCCAACUCUACCUCCUCAGUCGCGUCCUGCCGCAGGGCCUCACGGCCGCUCCAUCCUGCACCGCCGCGAAGCCACCAACGGUGCUGCAACGACGAUACCAGCAACAGCGGCAGGACACUCUUCCUCGAGGAGCCCAUCUGUUCCUCCAUCACCUACUGUCCCGACGUCAUCAUCGCAGCACGUCGUCCGCUUUGGCCCGCCAGACGAGAUCGUUCCACCUCCUGAAGACGAGUCCAGGGGCCGUCCGCGAGGCAUGAGCGGCCCCCAUGUCAUCAAUGCUACGCAGUGGCCCCCAAGCGACAUGGUUUCGGCUUCGCCCGAUGGUGCGACUUUGCCGUCUUCGGCGCCCCACUCACGCCGCCCUUCGCUCGAUCGACUGACCCAAGCCCUCGAAGCCCUCCCCUCCGUCGUAGCCGACAAGGACGGCAACCCCCCAGCGAAGAGCAGUAGCAAAGACAAAGGCAAGGGCAAGGCGACUCCAGACGGGUUGCGUAGCCCCACGCUAGCCAAGAAGAGUCUGAAGCAGCUCUUGGCAGGGUCGGGUCGCAAGGGCGGAGAAGGAAGCGGAAGCUGGCACGGCAAGCAUGGCUCUUCGCCUUCGCCUAGUGGCAAUUCACGGCCGACGAGCUCUUCGGGUCGAAGGGAAGGAUCAGGAGCACCGACCGCAGGAGGCGGUGCACCGGGCGACACCGAGCCUCACCCCACCCCGUCACUCAACCAGCCUCCCUGCGACUGGCGUGAAUUCAAGAAGGGCACCUACACGUACAGCAUCUCCCUUCCUCUUCCCGCCAAUCUCCCGCCGACCCUUUAUGCUGAUUUCGGACGCAACACCUAUACCCUCAAAGCCGUCGUCAAACGCUCAGGUCCACUCACCCCUAACCUCUCCUGCGAGCGCGAGGUAGUCAUGGUUCACGCGCCUGACGAGGAAGGGACUGAAGAGACGGAAGCCAUCGUCGUUGAGCGGACUUGGGAGGACGCCCUUACGUACCGCGUAUUCGUCAGUGGACGCUCCUUUGCUUGCGGCUCCAAGAUCCCGCUCUGGAUCAAGUUCAUCCCGCUGGGCGAGAAAGUCAGGCUCUGGCGUCUCACCGCCGUGUUGGAGGAGAAGACGCACUAUUACGCCAAGGGCAGAAAGGUUGCCCGCCACGAAACGCCGCGACGAUGGACCUUACUCAAGCUCAUGGGCCCCGACGGCAAGCCCCUAGUACCCAUCAUCUCCGACGAGCCCAACGCGCUGAGGAGUAGCGUGCUGGCUGACUACGCCAUCGCGGCCAGCGAGUUCCACAUGCCCGCCGACGCACGCCGUCGCCGCACUGAGGCAGCAGCGCAGCUCUCCGCCAUUGCUGGACCGUCUAGCAACCCCAUCGAUCGGAUCGCAGUGAUGGACAGCGAUGAUGAGGAGGCGGAGCAGGACGCUCUCGCUUCACUGCUCGACCCGGCCGGGCCUUGGGAGCUUAGCAUUGAUCUUCAGCUUCCCGGAGCAGGCACGCGCAUCAACUUGAGCACGGAUCAUGCAAAGUCGAGCAUCGCGGUGCACCACCUCCUUCGCCUCACCUUCCGGGUCGAGAAAGCAGACGGAUCCUCGACGAGCGCCAGCAAAGCCAAAGCCGGCACCGGUGAAGCUCUCAAGCCCAAGCUCUAUGAUAUAGUCAUUGAAUGUCCGAUCGCCAUCAAUCACUCGCGUACAUCGGAUAUCUGGCUCUCCCUCCCCAACUACUGGAGCGUCGCGGGCGAUGCACCCCCUGCUCCACCUGGGAACAGCGUGGUCAUUGCAGAGCCGGACUGCUAUUUCUCGCCGCGAACUUCCUCUUCGAGCCCGAGCACGCCAGCGGGGUUGCCGCAGCAGGGCGGCUCAGCUUCGGCCGCUACGACGCCGACGUGGAUGGCACACCAGACCAGCUCGUCAUUCCGCAACGGAGGAGCAAGAUCAAGUCCCACAUCGCCACCUUUGGGUGCUCCAACGCGUACGCUCGGUACAAGCACCAGCAGCAGCGGGAGUGGCAGUGGUCUCAUGUCCCCUACGUCCACCAGCGCAGGCACGCACAGCACCCUCUUUCCCUCCUCAUCAUGGUACGGCUCCUACAAUUUCGCAGCAGGUGGAGCAUCCGCCCCUGCCACGCCUACCAUCGGGUCCAUGGGGCGAGGCAGGUCCUCCUCGCCCGCCUCGCCAAUGGUCUCACCUCAUCCGAGCGGGCCAGGAGGAUGGAGGGGAACGUCUGCGGCUGCGUCUGGCGGGCUAGAUAGUGACGCAGUGGCGGCAAGACAGAGUGCGUCGCAUUGGCUCAGCCUCUCGACACAGGCUGCCGCUCAGCAGGCUGCUCAGCAGAGGCAGGGAGCGACGACCUCCGGCGCUGAUGGGCCGGCACUGGCUACUGCGCGAUACGGGGGUGGCUCGGCGGCUGCAGAAGGGGCGGACGUUGGGAUCCAGGAGCAGGGCAAUGCGAUCGAGGAAGCGGCGUCAGGCGAGGAGGAGCCACCCCCGUAUUCGGGCCCUCCCUCGGGCCCUACGCAUCCCGCUAGCACGGCCGCAACCGCGGCAGCAACGCCAGGUGGCACGGCGGCAGCGACGAUACCCACGACUUCGCUGCCCCAGCCUCCUGCUGCGACUGUGACGGCUACGCAGGUAGAGACGAGUACUGCUUGA